GGUGGGUGAUCGACUGGGUGACCUUUGGGCGAUUUGAAAGGCUAAUUUCUGUCUCAACAUUCUCUCAAUGGUCGUGUCUUUUCUAGUUUUUCUAAUGUCCUAUGAUUGUCACGUGUAGUAUACUAUUUGUGAUUUCAUUUUGAGAUCAAUAAUCAAAUUCUGCAAAUGUCUUCUGCAAUUUUUUGCGGUGGUAGUACCAAAUCUAUGGUACCAUUAUCAUUAUCAUUACAACCAUCUUUUAAGAGCUUUACACCGAAGAAGAAGAAUAAGAGAUUGGUUUUAGAUUAUUUGGGUUUGAAAGGAAGAAGGAAUUUGUUAAUUAAGGCAUCAAGCGACGUAGCUUCACCCUCCAUCUGGGAGAACUUGAAACCUCCCAAAUCAUCUUCCACUCAUUCCUUAAGUGACAUUCUCUGGCCUUCUGCAGGGGCAUUUGCAGCAAUGGCCAUAUUGGGAAAGCUGGAUCAGUUAUUGACACCAAAAGGACUCUCAAUCACAGUUGCACCAUUAGGAGCAGUGUCUGCUCUCUUGUUUGCCUCACCCUCAGCCCCUUCAGCCCGGAAGUACAGUAUGUUUAUGGCCCAAAUAGGUUGUGCAGCCAUUGGUGUUUUGGCAUUUGCAAUAUUUGGACCUGGAUUGCUAGCCAAGAGUGCUAGUGUUGCUGCUUGUAUUGCUUACAUGAUUUACACUGACUCUGUUCACCCCCCAGCCGUAAGCAUGCCAUUGCUUUUCAUUGAUGCUAUUAAGUUUCAACAGUUGAGUUUCUGGUAUGUUUUGUAUCCCGGGGUUGCAGGAUGCAUUCUACUUUGCUUGAUUCAAGAGGUGGUUCUAUACAUGAAGCAAAAUUUCAAAUUCUGACUCUGCUUUUCUCAACUGUGAUUGACUCUGGGACCAUCCUUCUGCCAUAUCUUCCAAAUUCCAAUUUGGUAUACUGAAGAUCCCUGGAGAACAUUCUUAGCUCAAAAGUCACAACUGUAAGUAGUGAGCAUCCCCCAACCAAAUAUAAAAUAUUGUCCCAGAGUUUUCUUCCAGAAGCGAGGCUCUAGUGGGAAUUAUGUUGGCGGUUCACAUUUGCUGCUUGCAAAUUGCAACAUUGUAUUGGAAUGAACUCAUUGUGUGUAUGUAGUAUCUUAUCUGGAAAUUAUUUGCGUGUAGUACUUCUAGAUGUCGCUGCUUAUCAAUGGUUCCUCCUCAUCCGGUAACAUGGGAGAAAACGUUAUACAUAUAGCAAAGAAUCAAAAUAGCAGAAAGAAAGUGGAGCAAUAUAAUGACUAAAUUUGUGUACAUCUCAGACAAAAAACACAAAAUUUGUGUGAUCUGGAUGCAUAGUUCUGAACAAUUUGUUUGAAGUUGUGAGCACUUCUAGAACUAUAGACUUUUUGACAAAUGAGUAGUAACUGAGAAACAAUGCCUUGUUUGUGGUA